GUGUCGUAGUCUUCAUCUUUCUUUCACUUAAAUCUUUUUUCUUUUUAUAUGAAAGAAACACACACUCACUGUUCUUCAAAUUUUAUUUCAUUUUUCUCUUUUACAGUUUCUUUAAUUUUAUAUACUUUACAGAUAAAAAAAGAUACAGUCAUACAGAAGAUAUAUGAUAGAUGGAUAGAUAGAUAUAUAGAGAAAGUGAAAUUCUAGGGCGAGAGAAACAAAGACAAGUACAUAAAUUUAGAGAGAGAAACCGCCUGCUUUCUUUCUUUCCUUUUCUUUUUCUUUCUGUCAAUUUUCUCUUCUCGCCAUUUCCGCCAGCGAAAUCAACAAAUGGUUAAUGAUUUUGGAGAUUUUUUUAAGCUUGAAAUGCCGGUUCUUGCUAAAAAGGUAGUUCCUUUUUAACAAUUAUUACUUCACUGGUUGAAGUAAUAGUGUUCCUUAUGCUUUUUGUGUUUUGUUUGUUUCUUUAAAUGUUUUUGCAGAUGUUAGGGGUUUGAUUUUAGUUUAUUUGGGAAAAAUUGGACUGGGUUAAUUUUGAAUUGGGGUUCCGAGGAGCGAUAAGUUUGAGGUUUUCCGUAAGGGCAUUAUAGAAAAAUUUAGUGAAGAAGGAAAAAAAUGGGUGAUACUGAAGAAGCUAAUAGUGAAAUGAUGCAAAGGCUUCAUUCUUCAUUUGGAACAACUCAAUCAUCAUCUAAACAACAACCUUUUUCAUCAAUGACCCAACUUGAAAUACCUCACUUGAACCAGACCCAAAACAGAGCUAGACAUUUUGCACACUUUGCACAGAAUUUUAGUACUGAUAGUAGUAAGAGAAUAGGGAUACCACCUUCCCACCCUAAUCAGAUCCCACCCAUCUCACCUUAUUCUCAGAUCCCAGUGUCUAGGCCAGGUAAUCAGCAAAUGGGUUCUCAGAACUUUAGCCCAGGACCCACCCACUCGCGAUCUUUGUCACAGCCAUCGUCCUUUUUUUCGCUUGAUUCACUGCCACCCUUGAGUCCUGCUCCUUUUCGCGACUCCUCUUCAACGUCUGUAGCUGACCCUGUAUCAACUGAUGUGUCCAUGGAAGAAAGGGAUGCGAAUUCACAUUCUUUGUUACCACCCUCACCAUUUAACAGGGGAAAUGCUUCUCGAGUUGCUGAGAGCUUGCCCCCACGGAAAGCACAUAGGAGGUCUAAUAGUGAUAUUCCGUUUGGGCUUUCUUAUGUGAUGCAAUCUUCGCCGCCGCUAAUUCCAUUGAGGCCUUCAGGUGGAUUAGAGCGGUCAGUAUCUGGAAAAGAGAAUUCAUCAGUGGCUAAGCCAACUCAGUUGGUGAAAAAGGAAUGGGAAAGAGGUAAUGAUAGCAUUGCCGAGGGGAUGGGUGAGAGGAAAUCUGAAGGUGAAGUUGUGGAUGAUCUGUUUUCGGCAUAUAUGAAUUUGGAUACCAUUGAUGCACUGAACUCCUCUGGAACUGAUGAUAAGAAUGGUAAUGAGAAUCGUGAGGAUUUGGAUAGUAGAGCUAGUGGGACAAAGACUAAUGGGGGCGAUAGCAGUGAUAAUGAGGCAGAAAGCAGUGUAAAUGAAAGUGGGAGUAGCUUGCUGAGGGCAGGAGUGAAUUCUUCAACAGAGAAGAGAGAGGGGAUUAAACGGAGUGCAGGAGGGGAUAUUGCUCCAACCACAAGACACUAUAGAAGUGUUUCAAUGGAUAGUUUCAUGGGCAAGUUAAACUUUGGUGAUGAAUCUCCAAAGCUCCCACCUUCACCAGGAAGUCGUCCGGGGCAGCUAUCACCUAGCAAUUCAAUUGAUGGGAAUGCCUUUAGCUUGGAUUUUGGAAAUGGUGAGUUUAGUGGUGCUGAGCUGAAGAAAAUCAUGGCAAAUGAGAAACUUGCUGAGAUUGCGUUAACUGAUCCAAAGCGUGCAAAAAGGAUUUUAGCAAAUCGUCAAUCAGCUGCUCGUUCUAAAGAAAGGAAGAUGAGAUAUAUUUCAGAGUUGGAGCACAAGGUUCAGACUCUUCAGACUGAAGCCACCACAUUGUCUGCCCAGCUCACACUUUUACAGAGAGAUUCUGUUGGGCUUACAAGCCAGAAUAAUGAAUUGAAGUUCCGUCUCCAAGCCAUGGAGCAACAGGCACAACUCCGAGAUGCUCUAAAUGAAGCAUUGACUGCUGAAGUCCGACGACUGAAGCUUGCCACUGCAGAGCUCAGUGGGGAUUCUGAGCCAACUAAAGGCAUGGUUCAGCAGCUUUCCAUCAAUCCUCAGAUGUUUCAGCUGCAGCAACCACAACCUUCCCAACUCAACAUGCAUCAAUUGCAGCAGCAGCAGCAGCAACCAUCACCCUCUCAGAUCAACAUUCAUCAGUUGCAGCAGCAGCAAUCACAGUCUCAACAAAAUGGAAACACGACAUCAAAUUCAGAGACCAAUCAAUAGCUUGCGAAGGAUGAGAUGGUACUAUUGCUUAUUAAAUAUCAUACGAGGUGCUUCUUUGCAUUUGUUACUUUCAGUGCAUUCAUUCAUUAAUUUCCCAACUCCAACAAAAUUACCCAAGGUGUUGCAUUGCAUUUCCAACUCGGAACGCUAUUUAAAGUGAUAUACAGGUCUUUAUAAAUUAUACAUAUGUUGUUAUGAUCAUAGGUUAUUCAUUUAUGUUAGAUAUAUAAAUUAUAAUGAGAAACAUUUCUUAAACAUGAUGUUUGUUUGUGAUACUUGAAUGGUUGAACUCGAACUCUCUAUCUUUUGUUUUA